CAACGGGCCUGCUCCGAAUACCCUAAACAAGCCCCAAAGGUUUUUAGCUUCAUUUGAAGCACAAGGAGAAAAAACCUCGAGAAACUAAGUCCAAACUAUUUCAAGAUUCAUAUUUUGCUCCAUUGACGGACACAGCCUACCCGAGAAAACAAACUGAUCUGGGCACAUCGCGCGUCUGCUGCUGAUGCUCAUCAUGUCUAAACCACGCAGGUAUACCAUACGAACCUAGAAAUCUACCUUAUUGUCAUCUUCAAGUUCGAAGUCACAGUCACAGACCUGAAAUUUAACUUAACUUUUCACAACCCCGCAUUCUUAAUCCUCAAUCCCGUAUUAUACCACAAUUUGACAUGUCUUGCUCAGAUUUUGAGAUCGAUCAGGAUGAUGAGCUUCUUAUGCACACAUAUGCCACGCUCCCCACUAACUGUAAAAAAUACUGGAAAAAAAGGUACCUGCUAUUUUCAAAGUUUGACGAAGGAGUCUAUUUGACCUCGGAGCUUUGGUACUCGGUGACACCAGAAGUUACUGCACGAGUGAUUGCGAAAAUAGUGAAGAAUAUCCUACCAGACAGUCAAUACAUCCUAGAUGUAUGCUGUGGGGGUGGGGGAAAUAGCAUUCAGUUUGCUCAGAUAUUUCGGCACGUAGUGGCUGUUGAUAUCAAUGCAAACAAUGUGAAGUGCUGUCAACAAAACAGCAUGGUCUAUGGAGCUGACCUCAAUACAUCGUUUGUAUUAGGGGAUUGGAAUUCUCUAAGUGAGACUUCAGACUGGGUUCCAGAAAUUGUUCCAAACAAAAAAUUUGACUUCGCUUUCUGCUCGCCUCCAUGGGGCGGGCCUAAGUAUAAGUAUCAGGAUACAUUUGACUUAGAAGCUAUGGAACCUUUUAACCUAUACCUGCUCUGCUUGAGCAUGAGUAAAUUCACCGAGAAUUUUGGUCUCUUUCUCCCGAGAAACCUGGACUUCGACCAGAUUCGUGAGGUGACUCGAAAAUUAUUCGGACUGAGGUUUAAAACAAGAAUAGUGUGUAUUUGGCAGAACGAGCGACCACUAGGAAUCAUGGCCAUAUUUGGCCCAUCUUUUCAUAGUCAUAUCUGAUAGCUUGUAGCCAAACAAAUAAAUUAUAGACUCCCUUAA